AAAGAAUUCAAUCGAUUUGGAUAAAUGAGGUGUAAAAAACAUCUUUCUGACCUGAGUAGCAGCGUCGGGGUCUGCGCUUCAUGUCUCCGGGAAAGGCUAUUUGCGGUUAUGGCUGCACAGGCCCAGGCUCAAGCUCAAGCACGGGCUCAAGUACAGCAGCAGUUGUUUCAGGAGGAUCACAGGAAAUCCGAUGGAAAUCCUCCGCCGUUGAUGUUUCCUCGCUCCGUUUCACCGUAUAUAUCUCGCCGGAAAUCUGAUACGACGCCGUGGCAAUUCCAGCAUAAUUCGCUUCCGUCUAUUCGAGAUCAAAGAUUUUACAGUACUCCACAAGUAGGACCCAACGGUACGGUAAUUGCUGCUGGGCCUUAUAAGAAGAAAAGUUAUUUUAGAUUUUUCUCUGGUUUGUUUAGAUCCAAGUCGGAUAAACUUGAUUUGGAUCGUAGGGUUUCGAAUUCGGGUGAUGCUUGCCCGGCCUCGUCUUCUUCACCGUCGUGGUUCUCCACGAUUCUCUCUGGUCGCCGGAAAAAGCAGUCACGAACGUUUUCUUUAGAAGAAUCGACGAUCGGAGGUCAUCGGAGGACGCAUCGUAAUCGUGAUCGAGGAAUGUCGCCUGCUCGACAUUCAGACGACGAGGAAGACGAGCAUUGCGGCGGAUCGAGCGGGUACUCAUCUGAGUCAUCGCAGGGUUGGAAACAAACUCCGAGAAGAACACCAGCAGCUCAACCUGGCCGACGAGGGAAAUCAAGUCAUAAUCGGAACCUCAGUGGAAUGGCGUUUUGCUUGAGUCCGUUAGUGCGGGCAAGCCCUAGCAGAAAUUGGAACCAAAAAGGAAUGCCGCCUGAAAUGGUGUUUUCCGGCGAGAUUAGAGUCACAGCAAAACCUCAGCUCUCCACAGCGACGUCGUUUUGCAAGAACAGAUCGAGAAAGCUUGCCGAUUUCGGGAGGUUCAAUCCCAAUCGCUGAUUUCAGUGACCGUUGACAUUUGACCAUUUCGUCCUCUACAACUGUGAUCAUAGAAAAAAAGUGGAAGUACGGUUUUACCCUUGUUUGUUUUUAGCUCUAUUCAAUGUUCAUCAGUAUUUACCUGUACAACUCCACAAAAUACAAAGAAAAAACAUACUCAAAAUAUUUUCUUUCUCAUUUAUGCAACUUAUUUUCUCCGAAACAUUUUAUUAGAAACAGAUUAUCCGAAUAACCCGACCCGAUUUCUCAGAUUAUGAAAGAACAAAACGUAGUGGAUUGGGUGUGCUCCCCAUUGUUGGCUACAACAUGUGUGUGUGUGUGUGUGUUUUUUUUUUUUUUAUGAGUGAAGAGGGGGAAACCAUGUGUAAAAUUAUGGGCUACACAAGUUAUUUUUGUUUUGGUAAAAAGAUUGUUAUCAAUUAUCAUGAUCAUAUUUUUAUU